UGAGAGACCCCAGGAGAGAUAAAACACGACUCAGUAGAUACAAGCUUUAUUGGACGCUAGUAUGCAGAAAAGAGGGCUGUUUUAAGGGAAAGGACUCCCCACUGUAAGCAAUAUCCCCACGCCUCCCACACUGCUUCCUCUCUACUGAUUGUCGUGUUUCCACACACUCAUCUGAGCGCUCUUCAGGCACGGGACAGCAUGACUAGCGGAUACAAGGACGGGACACCUGAAGAGGACUACGCUCACUCACCGUUCAUCAGGAAGCAGGGGAACAUUUAUAAACCAAAAAAUAAAGAAAUGGAUAACGACAGCAUCAACGAAAAGACCCUUCAGGAUGUCCACACCAAGGAGAUUGACCUGGUCAAUCGGGACCCAAAGCAUUUAAAUGACGAUGUGGUCAAGGUGGACUUUGAGGACAUGAUCGCUGAGCCACCUGGUACCUACAGCUUCGACGGCGUGUGGAAAGCGAGCUUCACCACCUUCACAGUAACCAAGUAUUGGUGCUACAGGCUGCUGACGGCCCUGGUGGGCAUCCCACUCGCCCUGGUAUGGGGCAUCUUCUUCGCCAUCCUUUCCUUCAUCCACAUCUGGGCGGUGGUGCCUUGCGUGAAGAGCUACCUAAUCGAGAUUCACUGUGUCAGUCGAGUCUACUCCAUCUGUGUGCACACCUUCUGCGACCCGCUCUUCGAAGCCAUGGGAAAGUGCUUCAGCAGCGUCCGGGUCACCACCACCAAGGUGGUGUAGGGACAGGGAGAAGGAAAAGAGCCAGAAGGAUGGGGUGGGAUGGGGCAGGUCAAUGGAAACCAAUGUCCGAUGCAAGAAGAUAAAACAAAUGUAAUCUCUCUAAAAAAAAGAAGGCAAAAAAGUAAACAGAGAUGGAGAGUUGCACUGUGUUAAGGUGUCUCUUGAUAAGACUCUCCUCUCUGUCUCUAUUCUAUCCAUGAGAUCUGUCUCCUCUCAUCUUUGGAUACCUUGGGGUGUAGGGGACAUGUUUUAAAAAUUCAAUUUUGUCAUUUGUUAGCAUCCAUCAAAGUAGGAAUACCGUUUCAGCCUUUUAAAGGAGCAGUUAAUGCAAAAAAUAAAAUUCUGUUAUCUACUUACCCUCAUGUCGUUCCAUGUUCGUCACUCCAAAACCACCAUAAAAGUGAUCCAUCUGACUUGUGAGCUUUUUUUCCCCAAAGUCUACCAUGGUCAUGUGACAUGAAAUAUAGAGGGGAGAGUCAUAUAGACCACUUAUAUGGUACUUUAAUGGUGCUUUUUUUUUUUUUUUUUUUGGAGCUUGACAGUGAUCACUAUAAUUAAAUUAUAUACUGUGUAUAUUAUUAUAAAUUAUAUAUAUAUAUAUAUAUAUAUAUAUAUAUAUAUAUAUAUAUAUAUAUAUAUAUAUUAUAAAAUAUAUAAAUAUGAAAGUAAAAAUUUAAAAGUAUAAAAUACAUCAAAAUUUAAUUUUUAAGAUGCGAUCACAUUAAUUACAUUUUUGCAAAACACAAGAAGUAUGCACUAUUUAUUGUCAAUAGUGUUGCGAUAUAUGAAGCUUAGCUCACUUUCAACCCAAGCAGCUUUCUGUUGAUGUUGACCUGCACGACCAACUUGAAUUUGUCGUGAAAUCUCUGUUGGUGGAGAGAUCUUUAGCAAAAUUCCCAAUCGAUGACAUGUAUUCCUAUUAAAAUAACUGGAUUUCAGACAUUACAUUUUUCCGAAUAUUAAUUGUGACUGCAUUGAUUCCAAACUUUUAUAAAGAUAUGAGGUUGAGUAAACAAUGACUGAGUUAUCAUUUUGGCGUGAACUAUACCUUUAAGAUAUGCCUGCUUGAAAUAGGCUGAGCUUUUUUUUUUUUUUUUUAGGUUUUGUUUGUUUUUUUGUCUUCUUUCAUUCACUAAUAUGUCCACUUAGUCAUCCGAAAAUAGUUCCAUGUUGGUGUGUAAACAUUAUAUAGAAGAUUCUAAUAGUUUUGCUAUGUUCAUGCUUUCAUUUGGGUACUAUCACCCUAUGGAGUUAUGGGGAUUAUGGAAUCCAAAAGUUUUUGUUUGUUUUUGGGAAAAUAAAAAAGUAGGCUUGGCCCUACUGUCAAGACUGCCCGUCACACUGCAUGUUGCCACUUAACAUGGUGGAUUGCCCAAACACAGGGCAAAAGAGGUGCCCUCGCUGAACCCCUGCCUUUGUCAGCUCAGCAUAUACUAACAAAGAGACUGUUCCUGGCUCUUUCCUGACACAUCGCUUCAAACCUGCCAUCAUGGCAGCAGCUUUUUGAGUGGCAGAGAAUGUCUUUACAACUUCCAGAUGAAGCUAGCAGCUAUAGGACACCAACCUAGCGAGAUCUUCCAGCAGGUUGUGAUGACUGAACUUUAUUAAGCACAUUACCAGAGCCUUAACAUACACUUAUACUUUAUUUGCAGUCUUUGAAGAUGAAGAACUUGUUUUUGCAUUUUUUUAUGUUGUAUUUGUAGAAAGAAGUGACAUCAUUUGGUUUGAAGUUUUGUCCCGUGAACAAACCUGUCUGCUUUUCUGUUUAUUCACUGUCAUACACAAACACACACAGACACACACACUGGCAAAUACUGGCAGCAAUCUAACAUUUCCAGCAUCGGAGGCUGCUGCUUAAGUGGGGUAUAUAGUAUUUUGUACUGACAUAAACUCACUUCUCUCAUCUUUUGUCUACCUGCUUCGAUUCGGUCACCUCUUUGUCUAUCUGCUGUCUUAGUAUCUAUUGUAAUGCAUUUUCUUCACUCAGUCUGCCUCUGUAGAUUAGAUAUUUUUAUAUGAAAACUGAAAUACUUUUUCCUUGCUUUUACUGUAAAAUCACACAAUGCUGUGCACAUUAAAGAAAUUGUAAUAUAAA